AUGUUGAGUGCCGCUGAAAAGGGCCUCCUUGCUCUUGGGCUCUCAUUCAUUCCUAAUCCAGUGCCUCUCACGGCCAAAAAGAUUAUGGAAUGCUUAGAUGACUUUCAACGCUCAGUCCGUCUUCGUCAUUCGUUUAAGGACAGCAACAGUCUUAUACCAGAGUUUCGGGUUCCCAACCCAAACUUUGAUCCUCCCCCUGCUUCCUGGCACAUGGAGUCACGAGUUCCAGUUUCCAUUGCUGAUUUGGGUGGAACGGAGAUUGACCUCAGAUUUUCAAGCACUGAAGAAGGGAAUAUCGCUAUAGUUGUUGCUCCAGUGAAGCGAUUUUCAGACACAAUUGCUGAUAAUGCGACGAUUGAAGAGAUCGGCGCGCCUGACAAGGUGAUCUAUGCAUUUGGGCCGGAAAUCACAGGCAAAAACGUUGAAGGGGCUGUCAAAGAUAUGGAGGUGAAGAAAUACGAAGGAAGAACUUACUAUCAAUACGAAGUUGAGCCGCACAUACUCAUCACUGCGACUGCUGCUGGGAACAGGCUUUACCUCAUGUCCGUCAAUGCAAAUGGACUGCAGUGGCGAAAACAUGCGCCGGUACUUCGAAGGAUUCAAGACUCGUUUCGAGUGGGCUGAGAACCAAUCGAAUGCUGAAUUUUAUGUAUCACAGAAUCAGAGGAUUUCUUCGAAAAUCUUCUGGAAUAAAUGGUUACGCUGAUCUACAAAAAUCUAGUCUUGCCUCUGACUGACCGACUGACCGACUGAUUGAUAUCCCGCUCUUUACAAGCGCUCCAAAGGUCCAUUUGGCACUGUCUGGAGUCACCACACGUCUCUCAAAUAUCGACCAUCGUUCUGAAGUUGCUUUACAAAAGCUUCCGGCUCCGAAACAU